UAGUAAAUGUUAGGUUAACUAAGCUCAAUUUUUUAUAAUUUUUUGUGUUUCAGGCUCCCACUGUCACUUUAUAUUCAUCUGAUUAAAGCUGUUCGUAGUGCCACCAUUUCUGGAAUACACUUUACCACAGACAACAGAAUUUUUUUAGUGUAGUGGAAAAAUUAAUACAUAAAUGUCGUCACGUGUUUCACACACACGUAUUUUUCUAAUUAUUGAUAUGAUGGAUUUUAAACGAUUUUGAAUGAUUCAUUUGUAGCUACGUACAAUCAUGAGGUUACCAAAUGUAGAGUUAAGCGUGAAAAAUGUUGCUGCUGCUUUGACCAUCAUUCAAGGUCUAGCAUGGACAAUUAUGUCUUUGAUAUGUAUUAUCCUAUUCCACUCACAACCAGAGUUCCUCAGCGAACCAACUUCCUACAUGGAAUCUGUGGGACGUGGCAUAUACCUGAUGUUUCUCUCUAAGGCCAGUGGACCCUUCCCCGGUAAAACAUUUACUUUUGAUGUGUUUGCCGGUUUCAUGUGGUUUUAUUUUUUUCUCGACAUUCUGUGGAUAGGCACAGCAGUUUACAUGUUGUGGAAAGACUCUGCAAAAACAGUGAUGGUUUGGAGUUACGUCACUCUAUUUGUGUGUCUUUGGGAUUUUAUUACUUUUGUUAUACUUGGGGUGGAUUACGAUAAGUGUCUGGAAUAUAGUAACACCAUCGAAUGGACGGAUGUGAUAACACUUAAGAGUCGGUGUGCUUAUAGUGUUCUUCAUUGCGGCAAAGGGAUUUAUCUUGUGGAUUGUUAACAUUGUUUUAGCACUUCUUGUCCUUCGAAAGUCUAAACAAAUGACCACGUGAAAAUAAAAAUCUGACUUUUGUUUUAAGUGUUGCAUUAUAUUUAUUUUUAUCGAGAUCUGUAUGACAAAAUGAAAAUAAAUGACUCAAAAAUAAUUAAUAAA